GCUUGCAAUACUGUGCUACUGCCUACUGUUACGAACUCUUUAAUAAAUUUAAAAAAGAAAAAAAAGAAAAAAAAACACUACGAACUUGAACUUGCGCAGAGGGGUUUCGCUCUUUCUCUUUCACAACACCUUGAGUAGAGUUCCCAAAAUGCCUUCGAGUUCGAGUUCAAAGUCGAAAAAGAAGCACUCCAAGGCGCAGCAGCAGCAGCACUCAUCGUUGGCCUCCAAUGCCACCGCGCCUUCCAAAGCAACGCGCCAACCGCACGAGCUCACCUCUUUAUGCGAACGCGCUUCUCGAAGCUUCCCUUCUCUCAUCGCAAAUUCCGCAUUCGUCGCCGAAAUCACCCAUGUCGACGACACCGUUCCCGUUUCUAAGGGCUUCAGAAUUUGGCUCUCCGAACCUUCCAUGCUCUCCUCCUCUCUUCCCCCCGGUUCCAUCGUCUCGGUGUCUAUUCCAUCUCCAGGGGAGGAAAGUUCGCAAUUGCAUAGCUUUCCCCUCGCGUCGUUAGCUAAUGAAUGUGUCAAAUUCUAUGAAUUGGAAAUUGGCAAGGCAUUGGAUGAUGAUGAUGCAGGAAACUACUUUGUGCUUGCAACAGUGUUUCCUUCUAGUAAGGUUUUGAAGAAUGGAGUACGUCUGUCUUCAAACCUUUAUUAUACCAUGGGAUGUCCUCCUUUGGGCACGAGUGUGUUUGUUCAUCCAAUACGGAAACAAUUCUUGUCUAGUUUUGCCAAUGGGAGCAAUGAACAGCAUUCUACAGAAAAUAAUUGUCUGUCUAUAUAUAAUUGCAAGGAACUGUAUCUUCAGCUGGUUCCUUCUAAGAAUGGGCAACCGUUGAAAUUUAAUAACUUUCCCUCAUUAGAUUUGUCUAAGAGGAAAUCCCAUGUCCAAUCUGAGAAUGAUAUUGUUGCAUCCCCUGCUACACCUUCUUAUGGAUCAAAGUUUUCUAAUGCUAGUGGGCUGUCUUCUCCACUAUUUGAAGAUUCAGUGUCUAGUGUGCCCAAACAGAAUAGUCAACCAUUGAUUUCUUUUGAUGUAAACUUAGCUUUGGGGGAUGAAAGUUCUAAAAAAUUACUACAGACUUGUGCAACUUCAUGGCUCUAUUCUCGAUCUUUACUGCUAGGGAAUCUUGUCAAUGUCCCAAUGUUUUCAGAGUUGUGCAUUUUCCAAGUGAUAGGAGCUAAGAAGGAGCCAGUUACCAGAUCUGAUCACUAUCCAUCAAAUGGAAGCAGUGAUUUAUAUCUUGAGGAUUCUGAUAUAGCAGACAGUGUAAAUCAGGCUUUCACCGUUAAUUAUGAAACAAAGGUGUUUUUGUCUCUGCCAUCAAAUGUAGUGUCUGAAGAGCCAAUUCAAAGGGAUAUACCUUGCGUGAAACUAGAAGACAUAGUUACUAACACUAGCUUACGUGAUAAUAUCUCUAAAUUGGGUGGUCUAUCCAAAGAGUAUACACUAUUAAAGGACAUAAUUUCAUCAUCAGUGAACAGUGCUUUAUCAAGGACUCUAUACAGACCCAGAACUGUGUUGUCCAUAGUCUUAAACAUAGUUUAUAUUGAGGUAGUCAAAGGCAGAAGGCGCUUGUGGUUUUACAUGGUCAAGAGGUGCAAAACAGGGAAUGCCUUGCUGAAGGAAGAUUAUAACAUUAUUCUCGUAUUUAUUGGACUAUAUGUUAUGCUCAUUGUUGCGUAUACAACUACUAUUGGAGAGGGGAUGGAUGGAAUUAGCAGAACUGAAGGGCUACUUGUAAUUGCUGCCACUAACCGGCCUGACCAUAUUGAGCCAGCUCUCAGACGACCAGGAAGAUUUGACAAAGAAAUUGAAAUUGGUGUGCCAUCCCCCAAACAACGUUCAGAUAUUUUGUUCACUCUUCUCAGUGAAAUGGAUCACACACUUUCUGAGUUACAAAUUGAACACCUUGCCACAGUCACUCACGGUUUUGUGGGUGCUGAUCUAGCUGCCCUUUGCAAUGAAGCAGCCUUAAUUUGUUUACGACAUUAUGCUAAUUUUAAGACUUAUGGUUCUUGUUUUGAUAACGUAACAGAGCAACCUGCUCUGAUGAAUGGUGCAACAAACUCAAUAGAUUAUUCAGGUGGUGCAUCUUCCUGCAAGAUGGGAACAACUUCUGAAACUAUAGAAAUAACUCUUGAUAGUGGUGAAGAAGAGAUUUUGAAAGUAAGUUUUGAAGAUUUUCAGAAGGCUCGGAUGAAAAUAAGACCUAGUGCCAUGAGAGAGGUAAUUCUUGAGGUUCCAAAGGUUAAUUGGGAAGAUGUUGGCGGUCAAAAGGAGGUCAAAGCUCAAUUGAUGGAAGCAGUUGAAUGGCCACAGAAACACCAUGAAGCAUUCAACCGGAUUGGGACUCGGCCUCCUACAGGUGUAUUGUUGUUUGGGCCUCCAGGUUGCAGUAAAACCCUCAUGGCACGUGCAGUUGCUUCCGAAGCAGGUCUGAACUUUCUAGCAGUCAAGGGUCCUGAACUCUUCAGCAAAUGGGUUGGCGAAUCUGAGAAGGCUGUCAGAUCAUUAUUUGCAAAAGCUAGGGCCAAUGCCCCAUCAAUAGUAUUUUUUGAUGAAAUAGAUAGUCUUGCUGUAACUCGUGGGAAGGAAAGUGAUGGUGUAUCAGUGUCAGAUAGGGUCAUGAGUCAACUUCUUGUUGAGUUGGAUGGUCUGCAUCAAAGAGUUAAUGUCACUGUCAUAGCUGCUACAAAUAGGCCGGACAAGAUUGACCCUGCCCUCUUAAGACCAGGACGCUUUGACCGUCUGCUAUAUGUUGGACCUCCAAAUGAGGUGGACAGGGAAGAGAUAUUUCGUAUUCAUCUGCAGAAAAUCCCAUGUGGUUCUGAUGUUAGCCUUAAAGAACUAGCUGAACUCACAGAUGGUUCUACAGGGGCUGACAUAUCAUUGAUAUGUCGGGAGGCAGCUGUUGCAGCAAUUGAGGAGAGCCUUGAUGCUUCAGUUAUAACAAUGAAGCAUUUAAAGAUGGCAAUCAAACAGAUCCAGCCAUCAGAAGUCCAAUCCUACCAAAAGUUGUCAACAAAAUUUCAAAGGGCCGUCCACUGCUGUGAUAUAAAGGAUGAAUUCAAUCAUAUGCAGCGUGACAGUAGAUCUACUCGGUUCAACAUUUGGAAGUUCCUCUAUCAGUUUCCAGCUUCCAUCUUCAAUUUGAGAACUGCUCGAACUAGUUAACCACAGUCCUCAGAGAACUGUUACGUUUGUUAUAUUCCAUUGAUUGGGUUCAUGUGCAUUAUUACAUGAGGAUCAUCUGCACUGCAAACUGGCUAGAUUGAGCCUUUAUUAAAAGUAUGAGGGCCGUAUCAUGUUCCUGAGGCUGUGUUUAUUUGCUUUGAAGCACAAUCAUGGGGAUCAAUGUCCUGCACCAACAGAGGAGUCAAGUAAAAGAAAAAUGUGUUAAUUGCCCAAAUUUGUGCUGAAUCAUGUUCAGCUUUCCUUUGGAAGAUUAGCAUGUUUUGAGAAUGAUUACUAACGUGGUCUCACUUGGAAGUUUUGAUUGCUUCAAUAAUUGUUACUUUUGAAGGUGAGAGAGGUAGCAAUGUCAUCUGAGGAACUCGGCCAUCCAUAUCUGCGUCAUUUUCAACAUGGCAAUUUGAUGCAGAUCUCGACCACACAAAUUUGUAUACAAAAUCAUAAAUUAACAAGUUUGUUGAUAAAACAUAGCAGCGCUUGAGGAAUAUGUACAGUGUAUUAGCUGAGAGCAAUUCAUAUGCAGAAUUCGUUUUCUUUUUUGGGCUAAUUCAAUGCGUUAUGUUGUACUCUUCGAGUAUUUUGAACAGACACCUACUGGUAAUGUCACAGAAAUUGUAGAUGAAAUUUAUUGACUAGAAGAUGAUUACACGAUUUUAUGUUCAAAAGUUUCUUCGAAAAGUUUAUUUGGUUAA